GUUAACACAAGACACUGGUCUGUUUUAAUGCCCUGCUUGUUAGCUGUUAAAUAGUCACAUAUGAAGAAAACAUACUGGAGGUAUAUAUUGACUAUUUAAACAAACUAGCAAACAGUCACUGUGCUCAAAGCUUUCUUUAUGAAGAAGAAACCGCAAGUAUAUAUAACAGGAACUGUAUUUUUAAUUAAAAAAAGAGAACAUUUACAGUGAGCGCAACUUUCUGACAGCUCUCCAAAGCAGGGCAUUGGCAAGAUUCAAUUAAGAUGGUUUCAACAAAGCCUUCUGUCAGUGUGAACCACAGCUUAGAGUCCUCCCCAAACGACACUUUCCUGGACUCAGACUUCCGCUACACCCUCUUCCCUGCUUUCUACAGUGUGGUGUUUGCAGUCGGGUUGGCAGCCAAUGCAUAUGCCCUCUAUGUCCUGCAUCACAUGCGAGAGUCCAGGGCCAUGAAUGAGAUGCGUAUCUACAUGACCAACCUGACUGUGGCAGACCUAUUUUUCAUCUGUGUGCUUCCCUUCUGGAUUAGCUAUUACAGUAAUCGUGGCAACUGGAUCUACUCAGACAUUCUGUGCCGCAUUAGUGGCUCAUUGUUCUUCAUCAACACCUACUGCUCUGUUCUCUUCCUCACCGUCAUCAGCAUCAAUCGCUACUGGGCUGUGACUCGGCCAUUGGUGGCAGCUUCCUCUGACUGCUGGAAGCGUGGUGCCAUAACCUCAGUGAUAGUCUGGGCUGUUACCCUAGCAGCAGCAACUUAUCAGCUUGCUGAGCCUGGGAUCCAGGAAGACAAGCACGCAAAUGUCUCACGAUGCUUUGAGGGCUAUCAGAACAAAAAUUCUGAAUCCAAGCUCCCUGUUGUGGUUAUCCACUUCAUCAUUAUUGGCCUGUUCUUUACAGUCUUCCUCCUUGUGGUGUUGUGCAAUGUGCUUAUCGCUUGCACCCUCUUAGCACAGCCCAUUAGUCAGCCACGACCCAGUACAGGAAGACGGCCCCAUGGUACCAAACGUCGCGCCUUGAGGAUGCUGUGCGCAGUUGUAGGCGUGUUUGUAAUUUGUUUUGUUCCUCAUCAUAUAGUACAAGGACCCUGGACACUGGCUGUUCUGAAGAUGACCGAUUGGAGUAAGAAAACCCUGCAGUUUCUGAAUGAUGCUCACCAAGUUACGCUGCUCCUCAUGGGCUUGAACUGUAUUCUGGACCCAAUUGUAUACUGCUUUUCCACCAGAAAGUUCCGCAUGUACAUCCAAGGUCACCUGAAGAAAGUGAAGCAGAGGAAAAUCUGCUCCAACCAGACCAGCACCACAGGUUUGUCUAUGAAAAUCAGGAAUCAGAGUGAAGAACUGAGUGUCUUUGAACAGAAGGAGUAGCAGAGAUUUGAAAGACCUCAAACAACCUGUCACAGCAAGCUGUUUUUGUUUACGGUCUGUGACACCAGGCAAAAACUUUUUUCAGAUGAGGUGUAAAAAAUGAGCCUUCAUCUGGGAUUAGAAGGAAUUUCAGGUUUUUAUUCAGAAGUUAGAAAUAAAUUCCCACUGGGAUCACUAUCAGCAGGUAGUCAAACAGCAUUGUGGGUAGUGUAGGAAACUGUAAACCCAAGUAUAAAUAGAAAAGCAAGUCGAUGACAGAAGUUUAAACUGAAAAGCUCAACUCAGUAUUUCAUUACAAACAAAAUCUUGGACAAUAUUGAAGAUCACAUGUUAAUUAAAAAGACUCAGGUUGAAUUUUUACUUGAGCCAAGUGGCUUAUGGCUAAUUUCAUAAUUACGUGGGCACUGUCCAAAAGAAAUCACAGGAUUUCAUUGACCUGGAAGUGGAGGUUGAACCCAUCUUUAUUUCAGCAUGUAAAAUAUCAGCAGUCAUGGUAAUCAAGUCAAGUUCAGUCAGGUUCUGGACUUCCCUGUUUCUCUGAAUUUCACAAUGUUUCAUUGGGCAAGUUUGUGUUCCUCAAAAGACAGGAAGUACAGGAUGUGGUUCACAUCAUCAGUGCUCUACCAUGUUUGCAUUUCCCUGAAUCAUCCACUAAUUUUAAAGGGUUUUAAUCAGGUAGAUUUUAUAAUAGUGAAGUUGUAAAGAUGGUUGCUCGGUGUGCAGACUGGGAAUAAUUGUGGAUCGUGCAUGUUUGUAGGUUUGUCACAGGAUGUAUAUGAUGUUUGUGUCUCAAGUUAUGGAAUGAAACAAUUGAAGUAUAACACAGAGCUGUACUUUAUUUCAUGUCAUAUGCAUGCACUUUGGUUAUGAUGAAAUACUGGAUGUCUUGCCACAUUAAUUCAAAACAUGCUUGUUAACAAGUACAGAAGUUUGUACAUCAGUGCUUUAAAUGUUUGGUAUAAAUCCAAAUAGAAAUUACUAUUACUACUGUAGU